UCCCAUGCCUUUUAUUGAUAUCCAGUUACACAAAGACAAACAUAAUGAGGAGAAUAUCCUGGAUAGCGUAACGGUACAAGAUUACAUAGAUCAUGUAUAUUAUAGUGCCAUCCAGAUAUAUACUGAUGGCUCAAAAGAUCGAGACUCUGGUACAACAUCUGCAGCAGUAUUUAUACCUCAAUUUAAAGUCAACAUUUUGAAAAGAACAUCAGAUCACAUUUCAGUAUUUAUAUCAGAAUUAAUAGCAAUUAUAUUAGCAUUACAGUGGGUUGAAGAAGUUCAGCCAAUCCUAUCAGUUAUAUGCACAGACUCUCUAUCUGCAAUUGAAAGUCUUGCAAGUGGUAUUUCUACAGCUAGACAGGACUUGAUUUAUGAAAUAUUACAAAGUAUUUUUAGAACCAGACAAUUGGGAAUCAUUAUUCAUAUUCUUUGGAUACCGGCUCAUAUGGGGGUGGUAGGAAACGAAGUGGUGGAUAGUUUAGCCAAACAGGCCAUAAAAUUUACAGAAGUUGAUAUUAAUAUUGCAUUGAGUAAGACUGAGAUAAAAAGUAUAAUAGCAAAGGAAAUUAGGAAGAAAUGGCAGAACGAGUGGGACAGUGGAAAUAAGUGUCGACAUUUAUACAACAUUCAAGGAACAGUUGGUUUAGAAAGAAGAAACAUUGGAAAUAGGAGGAAGGAUGUUUUAAUCUCAAGAAUGCGCAUUGGCCAUUGUCUAUUAAAUCAAAGUAUGUUCAAGAUUGGGAAACACCAGACUGGGUAUUGUGACAAAUGUAGUUCAGAAAUUAUGGAAACAGUAGAACAUGUAUUAUUAAAAUGUGAGGCUUAUGCAAGAGAAAGGGUUAAAUUAUUUCAAGCAUUAAGAGAAAUGGAAAUGGAAGUUUUUUCCAUCCAAGCAUUAUUAGGUAAUUGCCCAAAGCAAUUUAAAAUAUACGAAGAAUUAUUUAAUUUCUUAAAAAACACUCAUUUAAUUAACAGAAUUUAGGUCCCUACUACCAUAACGUUAUCCACACUCCAAUCCUGUAGGUGGCGGCAAUGCACCAUUUAAGUUUGGUUUGCCAACCGCCAUUAAACUUGAAAAGAAGAAGAAGAAAAAGAAAAAAUCGCCAAAUUAUAUUUAAAACGUCCAAACAUCUAUAUAAAAAAACACAUUAAGCAAAAACACUUAAUGGUGUUUUGUGUAUGAUUAGAAAUAAAACCAAAAGCUGAAAAUGAUUUUAUGGUGUAUUCAUGGGUGUCUUGGAAAAUAUACGUGAUCACUAAACUGACUCGACAGACGGUGAACUCAUUCUUUUGUCUCUAUACAAAUAGACAUUUACAUAGACGGGCGAAUCUCCUGGUUUUGUAAAUGUGGCCAGUUACAUUUGCAUUAAGCACCAAGUUUGCGCUUGUCGUGCAGUAGCAGAUUCUUUUUUUUUAAUGGAUAGUAACUCUUGUCUACCAAUCCUCACUCAUGAAGGCUGUUGGUGUUGAUCAAAUACCAUGCGAGUCUAUGUUUUAUUUAUCAUUUAUUUGUGCAGAUGGGAUUUUUUCCCAAAAGAAAACAAAUCUCCCCGUUUUAUUUUCCUGCAGACUGCAAGACAGGGGCGUAACUUGAAGUGGGCGUAACUUGACGAAAGAGGCGUAACUUGAAGUUGUCCAAAUCACACAGAACCACGCGAGAUGUCAAAACGAGAUUUUGUCCGGCUGCGUUCGAAACCACAUACCCUUUAAUUAGGCACUUAAUUUCAAUAAGAACUAAUUUAAAGAGCGAUAAAAGAGUACAUACUCUACAGCCUGAAUGCGUAUUUGUGUAUGAAGCAUUAAUGCGGAUAUCAUCAUCCGCUAUGUUGAUCAUGUGACCUACAAAGUUAAAAUGAGUGUAAAAACUUAAAAGAUAUGAGUGACAGGUUUAAUAAAUGUAUUUGUAUCUUGAUAAUGAAGUUUGUAGCAUAGCCAAUACUGUUAAUUUAAGUUUUUAUAUUUUUAAGAAUAUUUUUUCAAUUAUUUAAUGUGAAUUUUUUUUCUUGUAUAGUAUCUCAUACUAUGAUGAACACGUUAAAUUUUUAUUUACUGUUUUAUGGCGUUAUGAUUGUUAUUGUUAGAUACAACCCUCUUACCAUGAUCUUUUAUGUAAAAAGUUUGGCAUAAAUAAUAAAAAAGAGGGUCAGGCGCACUACCACCUCACAGCAUCACUAACUCAACAGUCCAGUACAGUUUCUCUCAGCGACAAUAUCUGCACAAACGAAACGUCGAACAGCUGCUCGAAGAUCUUGCCUUUGGAGAAGAUUGUUGAUUUUAUACUCUAAAAAUAUGGUGAACCCCACAUCUUACUAUCAUCUCAACACAGCUGAGACAGUUCUGCUGCGCUGUGCUUCACAAUCUCACUCUUCUCAACGGGGAUGUCGUUGAGCAACAGGUCCUGCUCCACCACAAAAGAUCUGCAGCAAAUGCACAGAAAUCAACAAUAAGAAAAGUGCU